GACGUGCACGUCGUCCAUACGCUAUAAUAUAGUGACAACAGUUUUGUCGUUUUUAUUGAUAUAUCGUACUACUCAAGCUGAAACUUAAAAGAAAGUAUAACUUAAACGAAAUAUUAUUCACUAAACAUAGUGUGUUAAGUCAGCAAAGAACUAUUCUGUUUGUUUUUAAUUAAAAGGUUGAAUUUUCGGUUGAGUAGUUAAAAAUCGUCGGUAUCACAUCUCAUAUAAAACCGUUGUAACAAUAUGAGUACAACCACGGCUGCGGCUGCAGCGAAAAUGACGAGCACCACGGCUGUAGCCGUGAGUCUAGUAUUGUCCAGUUGUGUAAUAGCAAAUGCUUUUCGCCAAAAGAAACAAUUUUAUCCGUCAGUCGUAUACAUAUGUAAAUCUAAUCCAAGUAUGGCAAUAAUGUAUAUGCAAGCUUUAGUGGCUGUCUAUUUAAUUGGGAAAUUAACUGGUAAAUUAUUUUUUGGUUCAUUACGCCCUGCAGAAUCAGAGCGCUUAAUAGAAAAAGCCUGGUAUGCUGUGACAGAAACAUGUUUAGCAUUUACUAUUUUUAAAGAUGACCUGAGUCCCAAAUUUGUUGCUCUAUUUACUUUAUUAUUAUUUCUAAAAUGUUUUCAUUGGUUGGCAGAAGAUCGAGUAGAUUAUAUGGAACGUACUCCAGUUAUAUCAUAUAUAUUUCAUUUGCGCAUAUGGUUGCUAUUAUUCAUCUUAACAUUGGGUGAUUUAUAUUUCAUUCAUGAUGCAUACACUACUACGAUGGCCAAAGGUCCAUCAGUGCAAUUAGUAUUUGGAUUUGAAUAUGCAUUACUCGUCACAUUAGCAGCUAAUGCAGGGUUUAAGUAUAUAUUGCAUGCAGUAGAUGUACAUAGUGACACAUUUUGGGAAAGUAAAGCUGUCCUUCUGUUGUACCUUGAAUUUUUUAUUGGGUUGUGUAAAGCUGUGAUGUAUGUGGUUUUCCUUGUAAUCAUGGUACGAACUUACACAAUACCACUAUUUGCUUUUCGACCAAUGUAUCAUACAUUAAGAAAUUUCAAAAAAGUUUUCCAAGACCUUGUACUAUCUCGUAGAGCAAUACAUAAUAUGAAUACUCUAUACCCGGAUGCUACACCACAAGAUUUACAAGCCAUUGAAAAUGUGUGUAUUAUAUGCCGUGAAGAUAUGACAGCUGCAGCUGCAAAAAAAUUGCCAUGCAAUCAUAUAUUUCAUACAUCAUGUCUACGUAGCUGGUUUCAACGUCAUCAAACAUGUCCUACUUGUAGAUUAGAUAUUUUGCGCCCAACACCUUCAACAACUCAGAAUUUUAAUGUUCCUCCACCACCAACACCGAAUCUGAAUAGAACAGUUCAGGAAACACCAUUAACUGCUGAUGCAACUGGAUCAUCUUCUGAUAAUGAUAACAAUCGUGGACCAAACACUAAUAAUCAUACACAUUUAUCACCUGGUCAAGCAGGAAGUAAUGGAAGUUCUUUUUAUAAUCAAACACCACUACGGUAUCAAUUUAGACCAUUCACAUUUCAACGAUCAACGUCUAUUGAUGAAAUUAAUAGCAACAACAAUGAUAAUUCAAGCAAUGGUAUACCUGAACCAAAUAAUACAAAUGAACCAAUGAUUGCAUUUAUGAAUGCAGCAGGAUUAGGUGUUGGAAAUGGGUUACCAUCAUUAUUCAAUGAUUUACCACAAACAUCCUCAAAUAUACCACAAAUUCCAUUUAAUUUACCAUUUGUUGGCGGAAUGGCAAUCCAGCCACCAAAUGUGCCUCCUAAUUUGGACACACUAACUGAUGAAGAAUUACGUUUAAUGGAACAGAAUACAAGACAAGGAUGUUUAGCACGCAUUAAAUAUAUUACCAAUAUAAAAUGUAUGUUAGAUGCCGCUGUUGUGAUGAUGAAUCAUUACUCAUCAGCAUGUCUUGUAGCUGGUCUUGAUAGUACUGAUUCUACUUUAAACAGCGAAACUAAAACUUCAGAUACUACAGAAAAUGACGAACAGUUGGAAACUAGACCACCAAGUAAUAUUUCUUCUGAAAAUGAUUCUAGUGCCCGUAGUGGAGUUACUAGCAGCAACAGUGGCAGUGAAGAUCAAUUGCUCCCAGAAGAAACUGAACAGCAGCGUAUUAUUAGAUUAAAAAGGUUGGAGAAAUUUGGUAGCAAUUCCAUGUAAUUUCUGUAAGCAAAUAACUAAGUAUCCCAUAAUGUGAUUAAAAUAAUGUUUUAAGUUUUAUUAUUAAUUCAUAUUAUAGUUAACUAAUAGAAAAGGUCUAUAAUUGGUUUACUUCUUCAUCUAUUCUAUCGUUUUGUAACAUUUGUCUUUAAAUUAUUAUUUU